CCUGCAAUCAUAUAGCGUCUGGUGAUGCACUCAAUCCGAAAUGGAAUGAUAAAGAAAAAACGGUGUUGAAUUCUGAAGCUCCUCACCUCAGUUCUGCCGAGGCUUGCCUUCCCAGCGUUGUUGUCUGAUUUUUUUCUCACCUGGCUUGGUCGCUUGGUCCGAUCCAGCCCCGAGGGCGUGGUUCGAAGAGAAGCAGCAGAAUCGCCAUUUCGAAAUUUGACGAGACCAGAUUCUUCGGGGUUCCUUCGAUUAGAAAGUUUGGCCUUGUUCCUCGAUUGAGUGUUGGUCUGAGAGAGCUGAUAUUCGUGAGUCGAGAAAGGAAGCGAAUCACGCUCGAUCAAUCGAUCGAUCGAUCGAUCGACCAAUCUUCGCUCGCAUCGAGCAGACGGAGCGCAAUUCGCAGCGAAUUCGGGCGCAGUGCGCAGGGCAAGAACAGUCAGGCAAGCUGGAUCUGGCAAUGAAAUUUCAGAAAAGCAAGACACUCUCGCUGGGAAGGUUAGCGACGCUGAGUACGAUCAAGGAGAACCUGCGAGUCAAGACCUCGUUUCAGAAGAGCGAGUCGCCCUCGGCCCAAGUCUUAGACAACUCCAAUGGCCACAGCAAUGGAGGCGACAGCGAUUCGAUUCUGCUGUUCAGUGCCAUCUCCGGCUACAAGGAGAAGACGCCGCGGUACGCACCGCCGCCCGAGCAUUUCAGCAUCAGCGAGACGGACUCGCCGCGCAGGCCGUCGUCGGCCCUGAGCGGCAGCACGGACGCCAGGGCGUCGUCGUUCAAUGGCCAGCACAUUGCUGCGGACGAGACCUUCAGCAGCAGCGCCGAGUACAGGGACUACGACGGGCCCGUGAUGCUGCGCGAGCCGGCGGUCGAUGGGCGCGAGGCGGACGAGGACUCCAAUGGCGAGGUCGGGCUGCAGCGCGGCGAAAUCAUCUCGACCUCGCGCGAUUUCGAGGAGGAGGAGGAGCUAUGGCAAUUUCCUCCCAAAGUGAGCGGUUUAGGGCUCGACCGCAGAGAUCUGGCGACGGACGACAAAUGGGUGCCCCGGCACCCGGACCUAAUUCGAAUCAAGGGAUUUCAUCCUUUCAAUGGCGAGCCGCCGCUGAGCACGCUGAUGCACUUCGGGUUCUUGACGCCCACCUCGCUGCACUUCGUGCGCAACCAUGGCGCCGUGCCGCAGGCCGGCUGGGAGAGCUGGACCAUCGAGAUCACGGGGCUCAUGACGAAGCCCAAGAAAUUCACCAUGCGCGAUCUGCUGUGCUUCCCGUCGCGCCGAUUGCCCGUCACGCUCAUGUGCUCGGGCAAUCGCAGCAAGGAGCUCAGCAAGGGCGGCAAGAGCUUGGGGCUCAAGUGGGGGCCCGGCGCCGUCAGCACCUCGGUCUGGGGCGGCGCCCGGCUCUGCGAUGUGCUGCAGCACUGCGGCGUGCUCAUGCCCAAGAAGCGCGGCGUGCAGUACUUCGUCUGCUGCUCGGGCGCCGACAAGCUCGCGCCUUCGAGCUCGAGCUAUGGCACCAGCAUUCCGCUCGAGGUGGCCAUGGACGAAUCGCGCGAUGUUUUGCUGGCCUACGAGCAGAACGGCGAUUUGUUGACUCCCGAUCACGGCUUCCCCGUUCGGCUCAUCGUUCCGGGCUUCACCGGCGGCCGCUCGGUCAAGUGGUUGAACAAGAUCGAGAUCAGCGCCGAGCAGUCCGACAGCUAUUACCAUCUUCAUGACAAUCGAAUGCUGCCCUCUCAAGUCCAAGAUUUAGACACCGCGAUUUCUGAAGGAUGGAUGAGCAGGCCGGAGUUCGUCAUCAAUGAAAUGAACGUGAAUUCCGUCAUCUGUACACCUGCGCAUUCUCAAACUUUGACGAUUGAUCCUUCAAACGAGGAUGCCGCUUACUCCAUCACCGGCUAUGCUUAUUCAGGAACUGGCAAGAAGAUAGGGAGAGUGGAGGUGUCACUAGAUGGAGGGAAGACGUGGAAAUUUUGCAGUGUCGGCUACCCCGCACAACCCACAAAGCAUGGAAUGUACUGGAGCUGGUGCUUUUGGGAGACUAGAGUCGAUGUGAUGGAGUUGGUCGAGAGCUCGGAGAUCGUCGUAAGGGCUUGGGAUUCGGCCAUGAACACUCAGCCCGAAAACUCUUCGUGGAACCUUCUGGGGAACAUGAACAACUGCUGGUACAGAGUGAAGAUUCACCGGGACGACCCUGCUGACGACCCUGACGCAGGUCAAGAUGAGCGCACGAUUUCCUUCGAACAUCCGACACAACCCGGCAUGUUAAAUGGAGGUUGGCUGCAAACUUCACAAGCUUCGGAGCCUGAGUCGGAAAGGGAGCUGACUCUCAAGCUAAUGCACCAGGAGAGCUCAUCGAACUUGGACCUCGGCGACCAGCUGCCCAGCACCCCUCGACUUCUCUGAACAUCACCUAUACAAGAGUAUUGAUGACAUUUGACUCUUCUUCUGGAUGGUGAUCGCACUGACACCUCGGUGCCAUCUGGGACGAACCGCGUGUGAGGGUUGCGCACUCACAAGUCGCUCAAUACCCCAUGACCCAUUCAUUCUAGAUGGUGAGUCACCACAAGCAUCUCUAAGAGGUCAACCUCCCACUUCGGUACUUCGGUCAGAUCUAUGUAUGAUAAAUCCCUCCCUGAGACUGAAGUAGGCAAGUGAAGGACAAUGUUUGAUGAUGCUAUAACAUCCAUCCUCCUACGCGGAAACACGCAUCUGGACAGGAGGUCUUGGAUUCAACGAGUCCCUGUUGGAGACUAGUGAAUCAACCGAACGACGUGUUCAAACCCGAACGACCGUGAGCUUUUCAGAAUUGUUCUCAUGGCAAUUUCCUCCACUGUGAGCUGCCUUUCGGAAACGCUGAAGACAACACAUCAAGCAAGCACCUCUUGAAGUUCAUGGUGCAGGUACUACGUAUUUCUUUCAUCCACAAGUUUUUUGGCUAUGAAUCCAAGGGUCAGAAGUAUAAUAUUAGGCAAGCGGAUUCUUAUUUUACAGUUACUUAUACUGGCCCUUGUAUCGUACACUACUCGCCACACUUCACUUUACAUAAUGAGGAUAUAAACAUGCUUACGUCCAGAUAACAUUCGAUGACAACCCGACCGACAUCCAAUCAAUUACAAGUUCGGCCAUCUUGAUUGAUCUUUCGUCGCUUGUUACCAACUUUAUGAUGAGUGUAACUCUCAAAAGAUACAAUAGAAGUUCAAAUAGCCUGCAUUUACUGCUGAGGCUAUAUUUCGUUUACGGAUAUGGGAUGCUAGUUGCAGAAAAAAGUGUACUAGGGGAGGUUACUGAGGUGGCUGACCGGGAGAUCCCACCAGACCAGUUGGUGACAAGAAUCUUUCAGGUUGAAAUGAAUGGUAGUUAUCCAAAUCAUAAUAUAUACAAUUAGACGUCACCUCUGCCAGGAUCUGCCUUGAUGGCUUGUCCAAUUUUUAAACACGGAGCGGGCGUAGCACUUCCGGCUCCACCGGCGGACUGUAAAGCGUUCAUCUCCUCUUGGAAACCAUAGUACAAAGUGACCAAAAACUCUUCGUUCUCGAGGCUGUACAAAUACAUUCCUUGCUCGA